AUGUCGUUCAAAUAUGGGGCAAAAGAAAUAUACCAAGAAGUGGGAGAAGAAACUGUUUAUCACAAUCCAAAAGUCAAACAAGAAAAAGUGGAUGAAUUUACAGAAGACAAACAUGAAAAACAUAAGCCUUUGAAGAAAUCUAGUAAACGUAAAAGUACAAAAACCGAUAAAGACCCAAAUGCCCCAAAAAGGCCCUCCAAUCCUUUUUUUCAGUUUUGUCAGGAACAGAGGCAAAUUCUCAUGGAACAAAUAAAUUCAGAACUUAAACCUGGUGAAGCAGAACCCACUAAGCAGGAAUUAACAAGACAAUUGGCUUUAAAGUGGAAAUCAUUAUCAGGAAAUGAUAAAAAAGUGUAUGUUGACAUGUAUGAACGUUCUAAAGAAAAAUAUGCUGCUGAAAUGUCAGAAUAUAUUAUGAAAAAAUAA